GCGGGAGCCCGGGCGGGCGGCGUAACCGGAGGCGGAGGGGGCGGAGCCGCGCUCGCAGCUGCCACCCGGGCCGCCCGGCCCAGGCAGACGACAGCCGCCCGCCGCCGGGCACGCACCGCGCGCGGGCACUCUCCAAACAAUGCUCCGAGGCGCGCAGCGGGGCCGCGGGCGGCUCGGCAACGGACGGCGAGGCUGGGGGAGCGCAGACCCGAGGAAGCCACCCUGUGACCAGCCUCCACCAAGAUCACACCCGAGAGCCGGACACAAGAUGACCCAGCGCACGGUCGGCUCCAGAUGCACCAGACCAUCUGCCUGAACCCCGAGAGCCCCAAAAUGUCCGCGUGCAGUGAGUUUGUGGAGCACAUCUGGAAGCCUGGGUCCUGCAAAAACUGCUUCUGCCUGCGGAGCGACCACCAGCUGGCACCUGGCCGUCCCCAGCCGCGAGCAGGCAGCCUGCCCCCGCCACCUCGCCUGCCCCCCAGGCCUGAGAACUGCCGCCUGGAAGAUGACGGUGUGAAUAGCUCGCCCUACUCAAAGCCCACGAUCGCAGUGAAGCCUACCAUGAUGAGCUCCGAGGCCCCGGAUAUGUGGACAGCGGCCAGCCUGAGUGCUGAUGUCCCACAGGUGGUCUGGAGGCCAGCGCCCAGCAAACUCCCGCUCCAGAAGCAGGAAGACGCCCCUAGAGCUUACCUCAGCAGCUUCCGCGGGGCACAGAAGCCCAGAGGGCCCUUGGCCUCGGCAGACAGCAGCCCUCGCUGCCCUCCCGCUUACACCACAGUCAGCCUACACAGCCCAGAGAUCCGGGGUGAAAGGAACCUCGCCUUUCUCCCAGUGAGUGUCCCAGAUGAGAAGGGUGGCCGAGAGGAUAAAACCACAUUUUCCUACCAAGAGUCGCCGUCUGCUCAGGAAAGCUUCCGCCAGAAACUGGCUGCCUUUGCAGGGAUGGCUUCUGGCUGUAGCAAGGGUUCGGGCCCCCAGCUCCCAAGGGAGUCCCUGCCCUCGGAAGAGGACAGUGACCAGAGGUGCUCACCCUCAGGGGACAGCGAGGGGGGAGAAUACUGCUCCAUCCUGGACUGUUGCCCCAGGAGCCCAGUUGCCAAGGACACAUCCCAGGCUGAGGGCUCGAGGCCCAGACCCGGCGGAGGGGCCCGUUCGCCGAUGCCCUGGGAGCGGGGCACGCGGCCUCUGCCGCCUGCGGAGGAGAAGCGGGUCUUGAGCUUCCCAAGGGAGUGCUGUAACCAGGACCUGACGGAGAAUGCGUCAUCCCGCCCGGGGCCCAAGAAGCCAGCCCUUAUGGAGGCAGCCAGCUCUUCCGACGGCCUGUCCUGUGGGAGCGGCAGCAGCGGUGCCAGCAGCCCCUUUGCCCCAGCUCUCGAGAGUGAUUACUGCUCCCUCAUCAAGGACCCCAAGCCCGAGAAGCAGGUGGAAUCUGCCUGCCACAUGGGGAUCUCCAGCAGAUGCCCGGGGCUGACCGGGGAGCUCCAGCCCCCAGCCCACCCCAGGGAGGCUGUGCAGCCUGAACCCAUCUAUGCAGAGAGCACCAAGAGGAAGAAGACUGUCCCCGAGCUUUCCAGACCCCAGGCCAAGGCAGAGCAGGCAGCCGUUGCCCGGGGCCAGGGCCAGGGCAGGACAGAUAACAACACCGGGGCUCAUAAAACAGUACCCGGUUGGGGCCAGGGCAGGGAGGGCCCGGAGAGGGCUGCCCAGGUGGCGGCCACCAUCACGGUCAUGGCGGCCCACCCGGAAGAGGACCACCGGACUAUCUACCUGAGCAGCCCCGACUCUGCCGUGGGGGUGCAGUGGCCCCGGGGGCCCGUGAGCCAGGACUGCGAGGCUGGCGAGGAGGCGACACCAGCCGGACAAGGGCUGAGCCCCGGGGACAGCCGACCUCAGGACGCGAGCGAGAACCUGCCCACUGGGAGGCCCGCCAUCCCCCCCAAGCUGUCCAGGAGCAGCCCCGGGGGGUCCCCGGUGUCGCCCUCCGCCUCCCCGCUGGCCGACCCCAGCGAGGGGAGCUCCAGCGGCGCCCCUGGGCCCCAGCCUGCGCCCAGAGGCCCCGCCGACCCUGCUCCCUGCUGCCGCACCAAUGGCCUGGCCACCAGCGACCCCGGCAGGGACUCGCCUCCCGCCCUGGCUGCCACCCCCACCGCGGACCAGAGGCGGCCCCGGUACCAGACGGGCGCCUGGAGUCGGCAGUGCCGGAUCGAGGAGGAGGAGGAGGUGGAACAGGAGCUGUUGAGUCGAAGCUGGGGACGAGAAAUGGAAAACGGCCUCCCGGACUCCUCCAGCUCCUCCACUUGGCACCGGCUCCGCCCCGCAGCAGCCUCCUGCGGGCAGAACGGCAAAGCCGGGGCGGGUAUGAGCAAAUCUGCCUCCUUUGCAUUUGAGUUCCCCAAGGACAGAAGUGGGAUUGAGGCGUUUUCACCCCCACCUCCACCUCCAAAGUCCAGGCACCUUUUAAAAAUGAAUAAGAGCAGCUCUGAUUUGGAAAAAGUGAGCCAGGGCUCUGCAGAGAGCCUUAGCCCAUCCUUCAGGGGCGUCCACGUCAGCUUCACGGCCGGCUCCACGGACAGCCUGGCUUCAGACUCCAGGACGUGCAGUGAUGGAGGACCAUCAUAUGAGCCAAUUCACUCGCCCACCAACAGUGGAAAGAAGCUCUUUGCUCCUGUCCCGUUCCCCUCGGGCUCCACUGAGGACGUCUCCCCCAAUGGCCCCCUACAGCCCCCUCCACUCCCCCAGAAAAAGGUAGUGAGCCGGACAGCCUCCUCGCCAGAUGGCGUCUUCUGGACCCAAGGUUCCUCCAAGCCAAGGACGGCAAGUCCCAAGCUGAACCUCAGCCACUCUGAAACCAACGUCUGUGUCCACGAUGAAUCUCCCUUCUACUCCCCGAGCCCUGGGAGCCGCCAGCAUCGUGUCUUCUCCUCUGAGCCCCUGGAGAAAGCUUUCAAAGGCCAUGGCCACUGGGCCCCAGCGCCGGGGACGGCGGGCAGCCAGAGUGGCUGCAGGAGCCCCAGCCUCCAAUGCACAGGAAUCCCCUCGACCUCAGCCUCCCAGCUGAGCAUCUCCAGCCAGGCCUCCAGCGCCAGCUCCCAGCUUCGGCUCCACCGGCUCCUGGGCAGCAUCAGCAGCAAAGAGGGCACGUACGCCAAGCUGGGGGAGCUCUACACCCAGUCCCUGCGCCGCCUCGUGGCCAAGUGCGAGGACCUCUUCAUGGGUGGCCAGAAAAAGGAGCUUCACUUCAAUGAGAACAACUGGUCACUCUUCAAGCUGACCUGUAACAAGCCCUGCUGCGACUCGGGUGAUGCCAUUUACUACUGCGCCACCUGCUCCGAGGACCCCGGCAGCACCUACGCUGUGAAAAUCUGCAAAACCCCUGAGCCCAAAGCCACCUCGUGCUGCAGCCCGUCCGUGCCCGUGCACUUCAACAUCCAGCAGGACUGUGGCCACUUUGUUGCCUCGGUGCCCUCCAGCAUGCUCGGCUCUCCCGAUGUGCCCAGAGACCCUCUGCCUGCCCUGCCCGCACAGACCCCUGCCCAGGAGCAGGACUGCGUGGUGGUCAUCACUCGUGAGGUGCCCCACCAGACCGCCGCCGACUUCGUGCGGGAAUCGGCCGCCAGCCAUCGGGCUGAGCCUGAGGUCUAUGAGCGGCGCGUGUGCUUCCUGCUUUUGCAGCUCUGCAAUGGGCUGGAGCAUCUGAAGGAGCACAGCAUCAUCCACCGGGACCUGUGCCUGGAGAACCUGCUGCUGGUGCACUGCACACCCCAGGCCUCCCAGGCAGCCUCUGCCAGCCCCUCUGCUACCUCUGGUGCCCCUCCCACUGCCCCGUCAGCUGCCCCCACUGCUAUCCCCUCCACUGGCCCCUCUGCAGCCCUCCCAGCCAAUGUCACCCCUGGCCUCCUAGCAGCUCCCACCUGUCGAGGAGGGCCGGGGGAGAAGCAUUUGCCCCGGCUCAUCAUCAGCAACUUCCUGAAGGCCAAGCAGAAGCCGGGUGGCACCGCCAACCCGCAGCAGAAGAAGAGCCAGGCCCGGCUGGCUCCCGAGAUUGUGUCCGCCUCCCAGUACCGCAAGUUCGAUGAGUUCCAGACUGGCAUCCUCAUCUAUGAGCUGCUGCACCAGCCCAACCCGUUUGAGGUGCGGGCCCAGCUGCGGGAACGGGACUACCGGCAGGAGGACCUGCCCCCGCUGCCCACCCUGUCCCUCUACUCGCUGGGCCUGCAGCAGCUCGCCCACCUGCUCCUGGAGGCUGACCCCAUCAAGCGCAUCUGCAUCGGCGAAGCCAAGCGCGUGCUGCAGUGCCUGCUGUGGGGGCCACGGCGGGAGCUGGUAGAGCAGCUGGGCACCCCCGAGGAGGCACUUUGCGGCACCCUGCAGAACUGGAUUGAUGUGAAGCGGGCCGUGAUGAUGAUGAAGUUUGCCGAGAAGGCGGUGGACCGCAGGCGGGGGGUGGAGCUGGAGGACUGGCUCUGCUGCCAGUACCUGGCGCCGGCAGAGCCCGGAACCCUCCUGCAGACACUGAAGCUCCUGCAGCUUCUGUGAGCCGGGUCCCUCAGCCUGCACUUUAGCUGCCCUCUUCCAUACCGGGACUCCCAACCCAGCCUUGCCCUUUCCUUGCCUUGGAAACAUCAGUGUCUCCCUGGGAAAUGGUACAAAUGACUGUCAGACUUAGAUAUAAUAUAUGUAUAAAAUAUAUAAAUAUGAAA